UGCCACGCUCAGCAUAGAUGCGGUAGGAGUAGCCCUGAUGAUGUACCCACAGCUAGGUAAUGAAGGAGGUUUCUUCCCUAGGACAAAUCUUUCCCGUGUCAUCCAUCUAACAAAACACCAUCUGGCUCAUUUGAGACCCAAGACAGAUCUAUCAGCUCAUUCCUAAAUCUCCACAUCGAAUCACCAACCAUGCCGUGCUGCCUUUCCAUUAGAGUGGGUGCAUGGAUGGAUGCAAAGAAAGAGACCUUCCACGAGAAUCGCGGGAACUUCCUAGAGGCGCAGGGCGCGCGCCUGCGACUGUUCGCCUGGGACCUAGCAGCCCGCAGAUUUGAAACUGCAUCGGAACUGCAGCAGGCAGUCCAUCUCUGGCGCAGCAUGAGAUCCCUCAUCCAGAACGACAACGACCUCAAUUUCGCGAUCCAAUACGAGGCAGCCCUGCAGCACAAACAUAAAGCUCUGGACACAAGGCUCCAGCAUCUCGUCGACACCAGCCACGUCGGUCCCGAGCCCAUUUUCUCGGCCAUGUCCCAGCUGCAAGCCGUCGAGAUCCAGCUGCGCACGGUUCACGAGGAUAUCUGGCAGCUCGAGCGGACGGCGCACCAGAUCCUGCGCAAUUUCCCCGUCGGCUUCGGGCCGGUCAAACGUGGGGUGUGCGCCAACCGGGCCAGGGCGGACUGGCAUAUGACGGAGUCUCGGCAGGAGGACUGCGCGGGCCGCGGCGGGUGCUGCGGGCGCGGGUGUGGCUGUUGCGCGAGACCACGGAGUGCGCAGCGGGCGAAGAAAGGUCAUUGCACUGCAGCCUGUGCGUGUUGUGAGCAGGCCCGUGGCUUUGCGGUAGGCAGGCAUGUCCGCUGGGAGCCGGUUCGUCUCCCAGCUUUGGGAGAUGCUGAAUGGAUCACGGGAGACAUGCUGCAGCUGUUCGUCGCCUAUGCGUUUGGGCUGACAGUGGAGGAUGAAUGGCUUUGAUGGGUGGUGUGAGGUUAUGCUAUAGAAGGAUGGCGGUGGACUUGCUAGCUUUUGAUGUUAAAUGCCUAUUGUUUAAAGAAGAGCCUGUCUGGAUUAAUCUUAUGCGCGUUUGCUUC